AUGGUGUGGAGAUCUGCGUGGAAUCUUCACGAGAUGCUGAUCCUUUUGGUGCCCUCGUUCGCAGCGUCCGAUUUCAACCCAGGCAUGCCAGAGUGUCCAUGCAUCACGAACAUGUCAUCCAUGUACGACAUCUAUGAGGCCCAGAUUCUCGCCGCAGGAUAUCCUGCGACCUAUGGGUUGAUUGGUUGCUUCACCCAUGACAAGAAUCUCGAUGCUUGUGUGGGCUCUCAGGAUGCAUGGUGUGAUCACCCUUGGUGCUUUGUGGACACGUCAGUAUGUCCAGAAAACAAAAAUCUCUGCGAAGCUGAUGGUGGUGUGGUCGGAAGCACAGUUUCACCGCACUGCCGUACCCGAGCCAGUUCCCCGUCUGACCUGGUUGGUGGUUUGGCGAGGUAUAGCUAUGCCACAUGCGGCUCAUUGGACGAAUACAGCCUUUCACGCAUGUACGAUGCUGUUGCUGGCCGCACCAUCCGUGCAGCAGCUGCCGCAUUCGCACCUUGGGUUGUGCGGAAAACCAACAUUCGAGGAGAACAGGUCUGGACCGGACCGUCAUAUGAUUUCUUCGAACAGACCUUGCAGCUUUACAGACCAAUGCCUGCCAUCGAAAUGCUGCCUGAGUUUGCCACUCAGGAAUCCAGGCAAAGGUUUCCUGAAAGCAUCUACACAGCAUGUGUGCACGAUGUAGCAAUUGGCAAUGUUGACAUGUGCAUCGCUGACCUUUGGCUCACGCCACAGCGGAAUCUGCUGGCACAUUUUUUGCCAGCCCUCAGGCACGACAUGUUCUAUUUCGUGGUUAAGCAGAAGGUGACAAUGCCAAUAUCGUUUUUGGAUCGAUUGCACACACCGUUUCGGCCAUUUCAGGCUGAUGCCUGGCUGGGUGUUGCUGGCUUUCUUUGCAUCAUGUCGGUGCUGCUUUGGCUCAGGCAGGUCUUUGAGACCCGCUGCGAGGGCAGCUGGUCAGCGAUUUGCAAGCAUAACAUCAAGGCCUAUCUCAAUUCGCUCUUCUUCGUUUUGCAUGAUUUUCUCCUUGGGCAGAGCAGCAUGGAUGUCGAGAGUGGGCCCGCUCGUCGGAUUUUCAGCUUGGGACUAGCUUUCUUUAUCCUCAUCACCCUUGCAAGCUACACGGCCAGCUUAGCAUCACUGCUCGUGUUUCAGCACGAAGCAGUGGGUAGCGUCGCGUCCAUUGAAGCAGCCAUCCGACUGCGGUGGGACAUUUGUGCCCCAACACCGCUGCUGGAUACCUUCAAAAGUGUGUACCCCGAGGCUCGAUUUGUAGGCGUCGACAUCGAGGCUGCCCCUCGGUCACUUCAUGCAGGACUUUGCCAGGGGAUGGUCAUCUCGCUUGACACCAUCGCCUCGAUGCGCGGCGGCAAGGUUAACGAGGCGGACUGUGCCCUGGUCCGUGACGGAAUCCUGACUUCCGAUGAGGGCCAGUGUGGUGAGUUGGACCGCGAUUGCCAAUUCAUAAGAGUGGGCGAAAUCCUUUGGACGUUACCUUUGUCUUUCCCGAUCAGUGACCAAAUGGCACACAGCUUCUCCUGGGCCUUCACCGAAGGAAUCACGGGAGGUGAGUUCAGAAACGCGAAGAAUGCCAAUCAGGAUCUCUUCCCUCAGCCUCUUUGCGAGGAUGCGGCCGAGGCAGACGAGGAAAACACCAUGCGAUUGUCCCUGACAGAUCUCAGUGGCGCCAUGAUAAUAUCCUUUGGCAUCAUGGCCCUUGGCUUCGUGACGAUGGCUGCUCGAAAAUCCUUGGGCCAUUACCGACAGAGGAGGAGGAGCUCACUUCAAUAUCAGGACUACACUCCUGGCGACAAGCUCCUAGUGAAAGGCGAUUAUUAUCAGACGGAAGUCUUGCUGACGGGAUGUUUGCGGGAAAUAAGCGUAACUCCGAAAGGACGGUACUUUGCGAUGCGUCUGGAAGGUACACAGUCAGAGGAGCUCAUGAAAUGGGGCAGUUUGAUGGCCGCGGGAGGGCAAGAGGCACUCCUAUGGAAGGAUUUCGUGCAAGACGACAUUCUACAUCUGACCAUGUUGAGAGUUGUAGACGAGAGAGAAGACUGGAUGGAGAAUUGUCAGGCAGUGGGAAAAGAAGGACAGGAGGACGACCAAGUGCCGAUGCUGAGAGCCGCCAUGUCCGGCCUCCCACCCGAAAAAAGGGACGAAAGGCAUCCCCCUCAGGAGCAGGAAACCUUAGGAGCACCCACGGACGCGAAGCUCAAGAAACAGAAGAAGAAGCAGGACAGAAAAAGGGAGCAGCCGAGCAAAGCCGUCGUGAAAGACUUGAAAGUUCUAUUCGACAGGACAGACCUCAACAAACACGUCCAUGUAAGCAAAUUCAUGAGGAAGGCUCGCAAGGUCCAGAAGGAGCAUACUGCAAGUUCGGACAGCAGCAGCUCCGCAUCGCGAAGCAGUCGAUACAGCCAAGCAGGAGGAUUGAGCUUCGGGGAAGAGGACAGAAUCCGCAAGGUGGCACGGACCUGUCCCGGAGGUUUGACAAGGAUGGCGUUGCAGGAGGUUCGCAAUCUCCUGCUAGUCUCGACGGGGGAUUCGGAAAUGGAGACAACAAUCGGUCCUCUUUUUGUUCGAUAUUGGCAUCAGAACCUGCGGCAUCGCAUGAGCCCUGUCCUCAACAAGGAAUGUUUGGCUGUGGCGUAUGCUCUGGACGAGUUGCUCCGGGGACGGGUUGCCUCUGCAGCCGAUGUACUUUGCCAGAGGCUCAAGUCUCUGGAAAGCUUAAGUGCGGGCUCUCAUUGGAGCACGUGCCAGAAGCUCGAAGUCGUCCCGGAGGAGGGGGCCAGCCUCGUAGGGCGAGAGGAAGCGAAAAUAGCGAAUCGAGAAAGUCGCGAGGAAUCAGAGACUCGCUGGCUAGCCUCCUAG